GCCGAAUUUAAUGGUUCCGCUUGCAUACCCCCGGGGACAGAUUUAUCCGUAAUAUCCAACAUACAUUUCCCUCGGUGGCUGACAUCAGCGGUGUUUAGGGUGUGGAAGCGUGGAGUUCAGACAGCGCCACCAGGUGUACAACCAUGAACCUGGAAGGACAAUCAAAAGGUGUUGACCUGCCUGCCCUGCAGGAGCACCUCUGCGGCAUGUGGAGCAGGAAAGAGCAGGAGGAGCUGCGUCAGUUUUUAGCGAGCAGUUUCUCACAGAUGCAGGUGCCCUUGGCUGGUCUGCUGGGCUUCCUGCAGGGCUGGCUUACCGUCCAGAAGGGCAAGUCCAGCACGCUGCACCAGUUCAUUCUCACAGAGUUUAUGCGCUGGAGGACCAGUAAUCCCCAGGCUAGUCUGAAUGGCCUGAGGGAAGAAGAGAGACUGCGUUUGCAGAAGAAAGCCCUGGGGCUCCUCACAGACUCUCAUCCCGGGUACAUGGACCCCCUGCUGGAGAUUUAUCAGCUGAGCUCACUGAAAAGACCACUGCUGCUGGAACACGUGGACUUCCUUCAUGACUGCUGCUGCUUCAAAGAGGCGCUGGUGUUCAGUGUCAAAGUGGAACUGCAGAAAGAUCUGGAGAUGGAGAAGAUGUGUGUUCCUCUCAUUCUGCUGGACAAGCUGUCUCUGGCGGAGCUGUAUGUGCGUGAGCAUCCUGACCUGCAGCAGCGUCUGGUCUCACUGCUGGACUCCUGGUGCGAGCCCAACUUCAACAUGCAGGCACUGCUCAGUCAGUACCCAGACGUGGUUCUCUCAAAACACCAGACGGACCAGAUCCAGCCCAAGCUGCUCAGUAAACAUGUGUUCAGACUCAUGGAGAAAUUCUGCAUUGAUCCCGGUCUGUGCUCUAAUUCUGUCUAUAAGAGGAAGCUGGAUUCACUGAGGUUUCUCAUGUACAAAACCUUUGGCGAGAAAAGCAUGUCGGAAGAGAACUGGAGAGACCAUGUUCAGGCCUUGAUUGAAGGCAAUACAGAGCUCCAGGUUCAGUUGGUGCAGCUGUUGGUUAAACAUUGCAGCCUCCAGACUGCUGCCCAGUGGGCUGCACAUUACAACUUACCCAGAAACAGGCUUCCCCUAGGAGUAUGGGACAAAAUUCAGAGCCUCUCCCGCAAGGAGCAGCUAGAGAUGUGUUUUGUGAGCGGCCCACCCGAAUCUUGGACACCUCUUCAUUCUGAUCAGCAAAAAUACUACCAGCUGCCUCUGCCCAGAGAAAACGUCCUCUUUGUAGAGUCAUUAAAUGAAGUUAAGCAGUGCAGAGAAGCUGUUUUAAAGAUCCAAAACUAA